CUUGACGUUAUGAAUUGACGAAGAAUCGAGACCGAGCCUCGUCGGGAGGACUUUUAGCAUGAGGCCGGACCGCAGAAGCCGAACUCGUCUCGAGUCAUUUAGACCGUCUAGGCACAUGUCUCUCUUAUAAGAGUGGAUUCAUCAUAACAUGUCCAAUAUUUUCACCCAUCUACUGCCCUGGCACUGUGGCAGUGUACCCGGGGAUUGCUUACCUUGUGUUACCUGGGGAAGCCUUCACAUUCAAUCGUGCAAGUACUUGAACUGAGGGGGCAAAUUUUUUCUAAAGCUCAACUCUUAAUUAAUGGCCACCAAUACGGUAUCAAGCGGAUGCAUACCUUUCCCCUCAGUGCCACAAUCGGGCAAAUUUGCCUUUGCACGUCUUUGCAGUGACCGCGAGGUCUACCUCGUACAAUUGACCGAGGAAUCUUGUCGUUCCCUUUGUGGCGACCUUUCAUGUCCCCAGAAUGCCCCCAAUGCCUGUUUCACGAAUGAUACCCAAAAUGCGUCGAUAACGCUACGCCUAUUUCGUCAUGAAUUCAUUUCUAUUUUCCGUCUUGCGGGGAGCAAGACUGUACGCCUGUCGGAUAUCCGUAUUUUGGAGGUCAUAGAUGAUGCGGCAAAAAGAUAUGAGGAGGAGCAAGGGGUGGUGUUCCUGGCGAGAGGGCUGGUUAGCGGGAUGCGGCGCUGAUCGUAACGACGCGUUUUUUUGACGGGAUUUAUGGUUGAGGAGCAGCGUUGAGUGACAGGACCGAGUUGUGGAGGAGCG